UGAGCGCUAGUCUGUACUCUUUGCUUCUUACCAUACAGCACGACGAAAACUGCUCGGUGUGACAAUGGCUUGGCAGCAAUUCAUAUCGUCUAUGGACCUGGUGGGAAAAUUUGAUGAUAUUCCGGAGUAUCAGUGGGAGAAAUACGAAGAAGAGAUAAUGGAUGAGGUAAGAACAGUGUCCUAGAGGGGCAAGGAAUAAUUCAUUGCAUGCAGAUGCGCAAGUAUGACCCUCCUGAGGUCACUCUCUCCGCCCUCGCUGAGGCUAGUCAAGACGAAUCGACGAUUCCUGUGUUGAAGCAGCAGUCAUACACUGGUAAAAAGGUCAUACCGUCUGCUCUGGCCGACACUCCCUGUGCCGAUCUUGGUGUUAAUGGAGUUUUCGAGAAGCUAAACACGAUACUCGGCACUUCAUACAUUCUAUCCCCCAUGAUGUCCUCAGUUCUCGAUUCGUACAUCAGAGAAAAAUGGGAUUUUGGCAGGGUCUACGCUUAUUUGCGCUUCUACUGGUUUGGCUUUGCCAGCAUUGAAAAGUCGUUGCGCAGGGAUGAAGAGGGUGACAGGAGAAUGCGGAGAAGGAUGAUCACCGAUGACAGGAUUACCAGGCGGGAAGUAUCUCCUCGGCGCCUCUGGGAUCUGCAUGCUAAUCGGGUGGUGCCAUACUGGAUUGCGCUCGCGGUUGACUGGGUGGGGAUAUCACACGCGUGGGUCUCUGAUGAGGAGCGCAUGAAUGUGAUGACACCCAUCAACGGAUACGAGUGGCCCGUGCCCAUGCCGAAGGAUGCCAACCUUAAUCUCAUUCGUGUCGAGAUGUUGAAUUUUGGAGCAGAGUAUGCAUGGUUGGAUGUCCUGUGUUUACGGCAGGAGUAUGCGAUUAGGGAGGAUCACCGUGAGGAGGAUCAGCGCAAGGAGGAUCAGCGCAAGGAGGAAUGGAAAUUGGACGUCCCCACGAUCGGAUAUGUGUAUCGUGGUCGCACCUUCCGAUAUGAGAACCUCGAGAUUGGUGACAGCGAGCAUAAAGUGAUAUGCUACUUAAGUGGACUGGGUCGGCCGCUGAAUCUCAAACUGGGUUAUUUCGAGAGUGACCGAUGUUGGUUCAAUCGAGCAUGGACGCUACAGGAGGUCCCAUUUGCCCAGGAACCGCUCAUUGCUGGGGAUACUGGUGAUGACAGAUUCGUGGAAGAGGAAAUACAAACGAGGGUCCAUCAGCAACUGAAUACUUUGGCCAUGAUGCAAUCAUGGAACAUAUCCUACAGCAUCCUGUCGCAGAUGCGGAAUCGGGUGUCAACAAAACCUUUGGAUAAGGUUGCAGGCUUGGUAUACCUUUUCAGGACAAAUUUUAUCCCAACAUAUGAUGCGGCGCAAUCAGAAGAGGACGUCUGGGCAGCCCUUGUGAAUGCCAUGCAAUCUACGGUUCGGGCAGGAUUGUUCUUUCACUACCCUGAGCCUGGGAACAGAAGCAAAUCUUGGCGGCCAUCAUGGGAGCAGGUGAUGGCGCCCACACUUCCGCAGACUCUCGGGUGGUUCGAUAUCGGGGAUGUUCAUUCAACAGAGAUGAUAGAUUGGUAUGCGGGACCACGCAUUGACUCGGUCUAUGUGUGUGGAUUGGCCGACCCAUCAAACAAUCCUCGACAAGGGAAGUUGUCCAUCAAGGAUAACGCGGGGGAAUCCUGUGCAUGCAAAAUCGUCGCUAAACACACAUACCCGAUACCCGAUGGCGGGUAUAUAAUCAUAGGCACCAAACGGCCCUGGGUUGCAUCAGGUAAUAUCUGGGUAGUCGGGCGGCUAAGACAGGAUGGGAAGUUUGAGAAAGUGUCAGUGAUCCAUUUGGCAGACAGUGAAGUGGAGAAGCUUCAGGAACUCAGAGUUGAAAAAAAAGUUACGACCAUUCUUUGUUGAUUUAAUCAGGAUUACAAUGUGUUUCGCAUAAAUCUAAUUGCGG